CUAUUAAAAAUUGAUUAUAUUCUGAAUAUUUUUUUCCAAUAUAAAAUAUUGAUGGUUGGUUCAUCAUCUAGAUGUGGAAAAAUUUAAAAAAUUAAUAAUUUAUUAAUUUCUUAUUGUGAUAAUUUAAUAAAUAUUAUUUAUUCAAUUUUUUAUACUCACAAUGACAUUAUUUACAACACUAAUAUGAACAAUUAACAACUUCAGCAACAAAACAAAUUCACUGAAUUUUUUUUUUUUUUUCAUGUAUAAAAUAAAUAUACAUAUAUACAUGUAUAUACUAAGAAAACAAAAAACAUACGACCGAUUGCUUUUUUUUAUUUGGUGCAAACGGUUUUGCAUUUUUGGAGAAUAAUUAAAUUCCUUUUUUACCAACUUUCUUUUGUUUUUUUUUUUUUAUUUGCGUUUCAAGAAUUAUAUGCCAUUUAUUUAUUCGCCUCAGAGCGUUUAACACGUAUAUACAUAGUGUAAUCAGAAUAAAAAAAAAAAAAAGAAACACGAGGACAAGGCAAGUCACAUUUUUUACUAAAAAUUUUUCUAAAAUAAUAAUUAUUAAUUAUAUUUAUAAUUUAUUAUUAUAUUUAUUGUACUUUUGUUAUAAUUAUGAUCAAUAUUAUUAUUAAAUAAUUAAUUAAGUAAUUAAGUAAUUAACUCAAUAAUUUAUCUUUAUUCUGUACAACUUAAAGAUGUACUGAAUUUACCUAAAAAAAUUGAAUUGCAUUAUUAAAUUCAUUAUAACAAUGAGAUAGUUAUUAAUUCUUGAAUCAAUUAAUGACGAAAUUUAAAUAAAUAAAACUCAUUUAAUGUGUUUUUUAAAGAUGGAAGUUAAUCAACCUAUCCGGGUAUUUACAAGUAAAAAAAGUGUUGAAAAUUUUAUCAAGAGACGAGAACGACGUGGACGGUAUACAUAUUCUACUGGAACAUCAAAACUUAUAACAGAAAAUGUUCAAAAGAAAAGAAAAUAUAAAAUCAAAGAAGAUCUUUAUUGGUCCUCGUUAAUAGUUACUUGUACUAAAGGUGGAAAAUAUAUACCACGUUUAAAAAAUGGACAACGUCAAAUAUCUAAAACAACUGCAAAAAUAAACUGUCCAGCUCAUAUGAAAAUCUUACCAUCAAAAAGUGGUAAAAUGUUGGAGCUAAGGUCAUAUGAUUUACAUCACACUUGCAGAGCUUCAACUGAGAGUGAUCUCGAAAUGACAAAUCCUGAACAUUGGUCACCAGAUACUUCGAGUCACAAUGAUGUUUUCAAUUCAACUUUUCGUGAUACAGCUGAAUCUGACAACUUAAAUUUUACAAGAAUGUUAGCUGAGGUAUCAGAAAUUGAAAAUGACAAUGUAACUGAUGAUGGUGAAUAUGUUAAAACAAAUAAUGAUAUUGAUGAAGAUGUUGGUGGAGAUGCUGAUGAAGAUGUCGAUGAUGGUUAUAAUGAUGUUCAUGAAGAUAAACAAAAAGAUGAUACUCAUGAAGAUGAACAAGAAGAAGAAGAAGAUGCAGAUGAAGAAGGAGAAAAAGAUGCUGAUGAUGAAGAAGAAGAUGCUGAUGAACGUAAAAUACUGGAAGCCAUUCAAAGCUUGAAUGAUCAAUUGAAGAAAAUACAAAUGUCAAAAAAGAAUAAAAAAGAAAAACAAAAUGAUGUUGAUAUUGAUCUAGAAAAAAUAAAAAAUAAAUCUGAUAAUGUUAUUCUAGAUAAAAGAUCAAGAAAUACUGUCAAACGUUUUGAAAUAGGACUAAAUGAUGAACCAAUUAUAAAACCAACAUCGAGUGCUGCAGCAAUGAUUGUAACAAAUGACCGAAAGAUGAAAGGUCGACCAGCUGGAUCAAAAAAUAAAAAAAAAAACCUUGUUAUUAAUAGAACAUUGAAGUUUGAUGAAAAAAAAAAAACAGAAAAACAGGCAAUGCUAUUGAAAUCAGUUUUUGGUGAAACAAUACUUCAAAAAAUCUUUGUUAGUAAUUAUAAAGUCACUGUCAAUGAUUUACCAAAAGAAUAUUCAUCAAUACCUGAUUGCUUCCAUGACCAAUUGGUACAAUUAGAAAUAAUUCAACAAUAUUUUGAAAAAGAUGCAUUUAAAAAGUUCGCUAACUUGGUCAAUAAAAAAAUAAAAGCACAAAUAUUUACGUGUUAUCAAUGUCAAAAUAAUUUAAUAGAUGGACAAUCAGAAGAAUCAAUAUGUUGUGACAGUUGUUUGUUUUGGUUUCAUACUGAAUGUAUAGAAAUAAAUGACAAUAUUGAUGUGUGGUUUUGUAUUGAUUGUCAACAAUAACAAUAAUAUUUAACUUAUGGUGGUGCCAGUAACCGUGUACUCAUAUAACUUUCAUUCAUCGUAUUUAAUUAUAUUAAUAAUUUUAACAAUGGUUGCAAACAUUUGUAAUAACAUUACAAUAUAAAAAUAUGAAUAAAAAAUACUAUCCAUUAAAA